CAGAAUGCUGCUAGCUAGCUGGGUUAUGGCUCUGCCGCACUCAGAAUGAUAUCGCAGAGAGAAAGAGGGGAACUUGCUCGAUUUUACACUGUUACGGACCCCAAGAAACACCAGAAGGGAUACACCGUUUAUAAAGUGACAGCGAGGAUCAUCUCCAGGAAGAACCCAGAGGACGUCCAAGAGAUCACCGUGUGGAAGAGGUACAGCGACUUCCGAAAACUGCACCGGGACCUCUGGCAGAUCCACAAGAACCUCUGCCACCAGUCGGAGCUCUUCCCGCCCUUCGCCAAGGCCAAAGUGUUUGGCCGCUUCGAUGACACCGUGAUCGAGGAGAGGCGCCAGUGCUCCGAAGACCUGCUGCAGUUCUCCGCCAACAUCCCUGCCCUCUACAGCAGCCAGCACAUCGAGGACUUCUUCAAGGGCGGUGAGGUCCACGACGGUUCCGAACUUAUCGGGCCCCCAGAGCCCUUGUCAGACUUCCUCACCGACAGCUUGUCUGACUGCAGCUCUGAAGUUCAUAAAGAUAUUGGUGGGGUGGAUGAUUUGACAGCUGCCAGUCAGUCAGAGUAUGGAGGGCUCUCCAGCGACAGUGAUCUGAUCUCCCUGCGGGUGGACACCGACUCCCUGGCCGACCUGGACGAUGGAAUGGCCUCAGGCGGCAGCUCUCCAAACAAGCAGGCCGGGGGUCGCAGCCCCUCCCCGCACGUGCCGCGGGAGGAUGGCCCCUCAGCCCCGGACCUAGAGGCCGGCCGGGCCAGCAGGGCGGCGCUGUUCGCCGGGAGCCUGAAGCCCCGCGCGGGGAAGAAGGAUUACCUGGAGAGGGCGGGCGAGCAGAUCAAGCUCGCUGUGCAGAAGGAGGGGGAGCAGGACUACCAGGCGGCCUUCUCCUACUACAGGAGCGGAGUGGACCUGCUCUUACAGGGAGUCCAAGGUGAGCCAAGCCCCACCAGGAGAGAGGCGGUGAAGAAGAAGACUGCAGAGUACCUGAUGCGCGCCGAGCAGAUAUCCAGUCAGUACCUGAGGGACAUGCUGGAUACGGGACCUUUGCAAACUGUGGCCCCGGGGCCGCAGGGUUCAAGGCCCUCCUGGAGUCAGCGAAGCCCCGCCGAGGAGCUGAAGGUCUUCAGGGUCCUCGGGGUGAUCGACAAGGUUUUGCUGGUUUUAGAUAAAAGAACACAGGAGACAUUCAUCCUAAAAGGGCUGAGGAAAAGCAGCGAGUGCGGCAGGAACAAAAAGACCAUCAUCCCCCACUGCGUGCCCAACAUGGUGCGUCUGCACAGGUACAUCGUCUCCGAGGAUUCCAUUUUCCUCGUGCUGCAGCACGCGGAAGGUGGAAAGCUGUGGUCCCAUGUGAGUAAGUUCCUGAACCGCAGCCCGGAGGAGAGCUUCGACAUCCCCUUCAUCCAGAAGUCGCACACGGCGGCGGUGCACACGGCCGAGCGGGCCGAGCCCCAGGGGGCCAGCUCCAGCAGCAUGGAGUCGGGGCCGGAGCAGGAGGGGCUCGCCCCGGGGGGCCUCCCUCUGAAGAGCAGCCUGACCCCCAGCUCCCAGGACGAGGAGGAGGGGCCCGACAGCUCCCACGGGCCCCUGCCAGACUCCGGGGCCACCUCGGAGGAGGAGUGCACCAACAGCUACCUGACGCUCUGCAACGAGUAUGAGCAGGAGAAGAUGGAGCCCGACUCCCUGGAGGAGGGGCCCCUCCUGAGCGCGGGGCAGGGCCCCUCCUCCGCCACCGAAGACCCACCCUCUCCCAGGUCCCACUCCCUGCUCAGCAACGACAGCCUGUGCUCCCCCAUCACCGCCCAGGAGCUCCGCUUCUUCACCGAGGAGGACCCUGGCGAGGUGUUCAGCCCCACCCGCCUGUCGGUCGACUCGCUGGACCAGUCCAAGAAGACGCCCAUGGAGUUCUUCCGGAUAGACAGCAAGGACAGCGCCAGCGAGGUCCUGUGCCCGGAGCCCGGCGACAAGCCCAAAUUCGAUCCCUCCAAGUCCUUCUACCCCGCCCCCGAGCCAGAGCCGGCCACCAAGGGACACAAGGUGGACCUCUGGGGCUUGGACAGCGACAGGGCCUCCAACGAGUCGGUCCCCGUCAUCUCAUUCAAAGAGGCGGUGGUGGAGGACACGGGCAGCUGCGACGAGGGGCGGCCGCCCGACCUGCUGGUGAACCUGCCGGGCGUGGCGGACGCACUGUCGGAGGAGCUGGUCUCCACCGGCCCCUCGUCGGCGGGCGAGGCCAAAGCCUCCCCAAAGUUCGGGAAGCCGGACGUCCUGCAGCUGCACCACGCCGCGGAGGACCCGGCGGCCCUUGCCCUGUCGCCCGAGAACACGGGCCUGCCCUCCGCCUUCGCCGACCCUUUAAACGACGACCUCCUGGACACGUUGGACGCCUCGCUGGGGGACUGCCGUGAUCUGACGCUGGGCCUGGAGGCCACCGAGCUGGACGCUCACACUGAGUUCCCUCAGGAACUCCCCGGCGUUCCCGCCUCCUUGACCUUAACCGCGUCGUCCGGAAGCGACGCCCUGUUCGCCAACUCUGAGGAAACCGCGCGGCCAGGCCACAGGCUGUCAGCGGCGGCCGAGUCGGUCCUCCGGCUCAUCCCGGAUGCUGAAGGGACGGAACUGAAGACCGAGAGUCUUUCUGUGGAGGAGAGCAAGCCGGACAAAGACAUCUCGCAGCUCUUCAGGGACCUCGACGAGCGCUUGCUGAUGGCGGCCCAGGCCCACAUACCUGAGGAAUACGUCCAGCGCUGGGCGGUGGAGAUUAUCGUAGCCCUCGACGCUCUCCACCAGCAAGGCAUCGUCUGCCGCGAUCUGAACCCCAACAACAUCUUACUCAACGACAGAGGACACAUUCAGCUAACGUAUUUCUGCAGUUGGAGCGAGGCGGAGGACCCCUGUGACAGGGAGGCGGUCACCCACAUGUACUGCGCCCCAGAAGUCGGAAGCAUAUGCGAGGAGACCGCCGCGUGCGACUGGUGGAGUCUGGGCGCCAUCCUCUUUGAGCUGCUCACGGGGAAGUCGCUCUACCAGUGCCAUCCGGCCGGCAUCAGUCGGCACACGUCGCUCAACGUGCCAGACUUCGUGUCGGAGGAAGCCAAGUCCUUGUUGCAGCAGCUCCUGCAGUUCAACCCCAUAGAGAGACUCGGGGCCGGGGUGGCGGGGGUGGAGGACAUUAAGUCUCAUCCGUUCUUCGCCAGAGUGGUCUGGCCCAAGUAGCCCGCGGAGACCCCCCCCCCCC